AGCAUGUCCAUCUCAAAGAAUGUCAUAAUCACCGGGGCCGGCGGCAUGAUCGGCCCCAUGCUGGCGAAGCGUCUCCUGAACGAUGGUUACAACGUCGUGUUGACGGAUCUCGUGCAGCCCAAGGUGCCUGAGGGUGUCGCGCAUCCGGAGAAUGCAAAGUGCUUGAAGGGCGAUAUUUGCGACCAGGCCUUCGUGAAGACGUUGAUUGAGGCUGCACAGCCACUACAUGCCAUUUUCAUCUUCCACGGCAUUAUGUCUGCGGGGUCAGAAGCCAACUUUGACUUGUCGAUGAAAGUUAAUGUCGAGAGCGUACGCAACCUGCUCUUGGCCCUGCGCCAGACCAACCCGGGUGUCCGCGUUGUCUACUCCAGCUCACAGGCCGUCUACGGACAGCCGCUGCCCAAAGUGAUCACGGACGCCACGACGCCGACGCCUGAGGGGACCUACGGCGCGCACAAGUUCUCGACCGAGAUCAUUCUCAACGACAUGCACCGCAAGGGCUUCAUCGACGCCUUCGCCGUGCGCUUCCCCACCGUGGUCGUGCGGCCCGGUGCGCCUAGUAAUGCGGCGCCGUCCUUCCUGUCCGGCAUGUUCCGCGAGCCUAUGAAGGGUGAGGAGUGCGUGAUCCCGCUGACGGACCGGUCGUACCGGACGUACAUAUGCUCGCCGAGCAGCACGAUCGAGAACCUGGUGCGGGUGUUGAACCUGAAGAGCGACGCACUGCCGAGGCAUCAGAGGCAUAUCAUGUUCCCUGGUGUGUCUACUACGAUACAAGAGAUGAUGGACGCGCUGGCCAAGUUUGGGGGCGAGGACAAGCUGAAGCUGUUGAGGGAGGAGACGAACCCCGAGUUUGAGAGGAUCCUGAGGAGCUGGCCGGAGGAUUUCGACCCAAGUACGCCGGAUCGGCUGGGACUGUUGAGGGACACGAAGGUGGAGGAUUUGGUGAAGGAGUAUAUUGACUCGUUGAAAGCAUAGACUAGACUAGAAAAAACGAGGCUAUAGAUAUCGAAAAGCACC